CGGUCACGUGGUUCCGCCGCGCGUGGCCGGCAGCGGCGCCGGGGCCGGGUCGGGGUCGGGAGCGAGCUCCGCUCCGGGGAUGUUCCGCAUCGAGGGGCUGGGGCCCAAGAUGGACCCGGAGGAGCUCCGGCGGAAGAUGCGCCGCGACGUGCUCGCCUCCGUCCGCAACUUCCUCAUCUACGUCGCGCUGCUGCGGAUCACUCCGUUCAUCCUGAAGAAGCUGGACAGUAUAUGACCCGUCGGGGCCCGGCGCGGCGGCCCGCGCGAUGAGCGGCAGCUGCUGCCCCCCGGCGCUGGGCACAGGCGGUGAGAGCGGCUCCGAGCGCCUCGCUGCCGCGGGGCUGGCCGCACGGCCCGGCCCGGCUCGGCCCGGCCCGGCCCGGCCCCCGCGCGGCGCUCACGCCGCGGCUCCACAGAACAUUCCCCGUGCCGGCUGAGCAGAGCCCCGUGCGUCCCGCGCACGCUGCGGCUGCCCGGCUCCCCCGUGUGCACCGCCCGGACUCCCCUGCAUCCAGCGCACCUACAGCGUGAAAUAAACGGGAAAUAAACUGAAAUGUAAUAAUCGAAAUAAACGGGAGAGCAGCUGCG